AGAUGGCCCGCGAUAAUUAUUCAGCCGCUCUCCUAUCUGAGACGACUAUAAAUGAUGUGAUUGAUGUAUAUAUGCAGGAUCCUCCAACGCCAGCCUUGCAUUGCCGCCAGCAAUUAAAUCGAUAUUCCUUUUCUCGCUCUUAUGUGCGGCCCAUGGAUAUAGCUUCAGCUCGGGCUCUUGAAACUAGGACAGACCUAGGCUCUUAACUCUUGCCCCCAAUGUGAUCCUUGUUUCGUGCGAUUUCAAAAUGGCUACCUUGGAGCACAGUGCACCAUCGCCAACACUUAAGACGUCUUUCACAAUUCAGUCUCAAAAUAUCAGCGGCGAUGCUCGAGUUCAUAAUGGAAACAGCUAUAAUACUAAUUAUAAUACAUUUCUUAUGAGACGGGCUUCUACUUUCGAAUCCCGUCGCCCCGGUAUCCUGAAAUGGCUUUCGCCUUUGAAUGUGGAAAUUGACCACGAUCGUGUCCAGGACAAAUCGCGCGUUUCCGAGCAGUCUCAAGCUUCUUCUGAUGGACAAUAUGCUGGCAAAUGGCUACUAGAAUCCGAUACGUUCGACGAUUGGGCAUCACGUAAGAUUCGCAAAUUGUGGUACUUUGGAAUGCCCGGCGCGGGAAAGACGGUACUCGCUUCCGUCAUUAUAUCUCGUUUAUUAGAGCUCCGGAGAAACCUCAAACGUUCACCCGAUAGUCCCGUGGUUGCCUAUCUAUAUCUUAGUUAUAAGGAACCACGCACAAUCGAACAGCUACUUGGGAGUAUCAUCAAACAGAUCGUCCAAGAUGAGGAACCCCUGCCGCCACCGCUUUUAAAACUUUGGACGCGCCGCGACCAAGGCGACGCCUCUGCUACAGUCAAGGAUUUAUCAGACCUACUCCACGAGUUAAGCAAAGAUCGCCAAAUAUACAUCGUAAUAGACGCGCUAGACGAGUGCCCGUCUAGCUACAGGUCUCGUUUGGUGGAGGAGCUCAAGCGGCAGCGUGACAAUCUUAGCAUCCUCUUUACCUCACGGCUACUAGACGAGUUCAAAUUUAUAUCCGAAGGUUUUGAAAAGAAAGAAAUCAAGGCCAAUUCGAGCGAUGUGGAUCUAUAUAUCGACCAUGAAUUCGGAACCAAGCCUCGCUUAAAGCAGUAUUUGGAAGAUGAUCCCACUCUGUUAUAUGAAGUGAAAACUGCGGUCCGCAACGCCUGCGACGGCAUGUUUUUGCUUGCUAGUCUUCAGAUGCAAGUAUUGGCAUCCGCCUUGACUCUCAGUGGACUGCGCGAAGAGACGCGGAGCCUUCCUAAUAGUAUCGAUGAGAUGUAUCAGCAUACUCUUGAUAGAAUCAAGAAGAUAGAACCAGGAAAGGCGAAGCUUGCUUUUGACACUUUAGCAUGGAUCGUUUCGAGUUGUCGACCCCUGCGGAUUGAAGAGCUUCAGCAUGCCCUUGCUAUCAAACCAGGGAAUCUAAUUUUUGAUUUCGAUCAGAUUUAUCGAGAGGAUGAUCUGAGAGAUUUCUGCGGGGGGCUUGUGACUAUCGUGAAUGGCGUCGUCUCGCUCAUUCAUAUAACUGCUCAAAAUUUCUUUGAUGUGAGAAGCGAUACACUAUUUCCUGGGUUUCAUUCUGAGAUCUCCCAGAGAUGCAUCGCUUAUCUCUCCCUCCCAGCCUUAGAGCAACCGGAUGACGAGGACAAUCAGAUGUCAUACGCAGAAUAUGACGAUAACCUGGAAGAUUACAACCCUACCAAAUUGCUUCAACUAUAUCAAUCCCACCGCCCCCUCCCCCGACCUUUGACUCUGAUUGAGAAGCGGAGCAUAUUUCCAUUCGCGGACUACGCAGGGCCCUUUCUAGGAUACCAUCUUCGGGAAAUAGCACACGAAGCAGAAACAGAAGAUAUACUGAAACCAUUGACAAACCUGCUCCAAACCCGCUCGAAGAGGAAUUUCUUGCUGCGCAUAAUGUGGGCACACGAUAUGCCUUCAGCGUAUUACCCUCAGUCCAUUAUGCCUUAUUCACCGGAAAGCGAGGAUGGCUCCGAUCUAGCCAGCGACCAUGGUUCGGAUACUCGCCGCAUGGACCCUUACGACUCUGACGCCGAAGAUUCAGAAAGAGAGAUAGAUUGGAUUAUUCAAGAUGUCCUCGAUGGCACUGACUCGGACUCUGAAGUAAGGUCCAGUUCUUCGUCAUCCUCGCCAGAAUCUCCUACAGAGACAUCGUCUCCCGCCGUCGAAAACAAUACACCAGAUUUAGAUCCUGAAUAUGAAAGCGAUGAUCAAGAUGAAUCAAGCAUACUUGACGCAUCAAGUGCUCCAUUAUUUCGGGGGGCAGCUAGGAGUUUCCGUGAGAUUACGCCAAUACAUUUAGCGGCGUUCCUCGGAUGGGUGCCCAUAGUCACAGUACUAUUAGGAAUCCCCGAGACAGCUGAGCAAAUUAAUGCUAUUGAUCAAUGGAAUAGGACCCCAUUGAUCAUGGCAGUCGUUGAAGGUCAUUGGGACAUCGUUCUGAUCCUCCUCGACCACAACGCAACCCUUGAUCUAAUGUCAGUUGAAGGCCCGUACGUGUUGCUACACGCAGCUCAGAACAAACGAGGAGAUGUGGUACAGAACUUGAUCACCCAUGCACGAGGCCCCCCACUACAACCUCCCGUUCACAGAUGGGAUUAUGUGAUAUUUCUAGAAGUGAUCAUUACAGCGACUUCGAAUAUACUAAUUAUCAUUAUGCUAUUCGUAGAGCAAGUCUCAGCUAUGGGGAAGUUGAAAGCGAACUCUCAAGACCAACAACUUGUCGCCCCAAACAAGGGACCUCUACGAAACACCGAGUCGCAGGCAUCUGAAGACAUGAAAGAUAGUCUUCAAUUACUCGAGGCAGCGAUGACCGGCGACGCCGACACUAUUAAACAACUAGUACACGAGGGCAAGAUUGAUCUCACGGCACGAAACUCCGUAUUUCACAUAUUAGCCCUAUUUCUAGCGGUCGAACUCAGCCAACCAAUUUCCGUCCAAGCACUACUUGAGGAGGGCGCGAAUGUGAAUAUGCGAGGGUUCGGGGGUGAUACCCCGCUUCACCGAGCAGCAUCCAGAAACCACGUCGAUAUUGUCAAGAUUCUUCUCGGAGCGAAAGCGAAUGUUGAUUUGAGGAAUGACGAUUGGCAGACGCCGUGGUCGUGUAGUUUAGAUAUGGAACAUCGUGAAGUUCUCGAUGUUCUACGCCGCGCGGGCGCUGACCCUAAUGUAAAGGGGAUGCACGGCGUCACUAAGUUGUAUUCAGCGGCGGCAGGUGGCGAUAUAAAAAUGGUGCGCUUCUUACUCGAAAGCGGUGUCGACCCGUCUAUCAAAACUAGAUUCGAUUGGGCGCCCUUGCACUGGGCUGCGAAUAAUGGUCACCUCGAAUGCGUCCGUGUACUAAUAGACGCCGGCGCCGAUGUAAACGCCAUGUCUGAUGUAUCGACGACGCCGUUGGAUAUGGCGCGAAAAACGAACCAGACAGUUAUCGCGGACAUACUAAUUCACGCAGGGGCUAAGACAGCGAGAGAGAUACUAGGGAAGGUAACCGGACCUGAGAGAUAUGAUGAGAGCGACGAGGGUGAUGAUGGCGAUGACGAGCCCGAAUCCGACUCCGAGAGUGAGCCGGAUUAUUCAAAACAAGAACUAGAGGAUCUCAAACAGAUUCAGGCUUUCCUGCGACGGGCUCAUAGCAGACAGGAUCUUUCAUCGAAGGACCGGACAAGGCUUAAGAGAGCUGCAGUGGAUUGGCUGGAGGAACUCGAAGAUGAUAUAACUACGGAAGAAGCGAAGAAGUUUUGUGAAGAAAUUAAGGAACAGCUUGGUAUAGUGCCGGAGAAUAGGGAAGUCCGGAAUGAGGACACCCCGGUAAUAGAGAUGAGACGUGAAAGUCCGGGGAGUUGAUAACAUAAAAACUAAUUAUAUUAUAUUAAAUAUUCGUUGUAACAUUGUUAUUAUCCGGCACGUAUUUAUCUUCAAGUUACUUACGUUCUCGGUUAUAAGAGUAACGUCAGUGAGGAAGGGCAGUGUUGAAAGACAGGCUACAGUAGCUUUUCUACAGAUACUCACCUCGGAGUUUUCUCUCUCGUCAGUUCGAAUAAGUAGCAACGAUGAUUAGUGAAAAGCGAUAGACCCAGACAUCACAGAAAUAGAUGAUGGAAGCUCGACGCCUCAUUUCUUGUUAGCCCGCAAUAAUAAUAUAGAGCAUACCUGGGUCGCCCAAAAUCCUCAAUGUAUACGGCAAACUGGGGGAGAGGGUGGUUGAAAAGAGUAUAUAGUUCCAAAGACGGGAAUCAGAUAUUGUGCUGGGUCAAGAUAUAAUGAUUCUCUGGUUCGUCAAGGUUGAGAGGUAUGAGGCAUUUAUGUUAGCGGUUAUUGAGUUCUAUAAAGUAAGUAACUAUUUAUAUUAGCCCCCGGAUAUCAUAGAAUACGCAGUAGCUAAGCUGCUGCGCGAAGGAAACAAAAGGCGAUAAGCUGUGGAUAUGAAAAAUAUUGGCGAAAUCGGUAACUAGAAGACCAAAGAAGUCAG